UGACACCAGAGCUAGGCUCGGUUACUACAUCUUGCAAGGUUCUCGAAGCAGAAAAAAAGAAAAAGGCAAGAAAAACGCCACCAGCUUGUGAGUAGCCUUUUCUGAAUAUCUAUAUAAAUGGCAUUCUUCUCUCCUGCAGGUGCCUCAGUCCUAUUUUCACGCUUCUCACGAGUUUUUUCAACCACUAGCUCACCAUCCUUCCUAUCCUUAGCACCCGAAGGAACUGCCUCGUCCCGCGUUAUGGCAUCGGAAAACAGCACACAGAUGGCCACAUUGGCAGCUGGCUGCUUCUGGGGUGUCGAACAUCUUUUUCGGAAACAUUUCGGUCAUGGUAAAGGUCUUCUCGACGCAAAGGUCGGCUAUGCUGGAGGGCAGGCGGAUAACCCGACAUAUAAAGUUGUAUGCUCGGGGACGACUGGCCAUGCUGAAUCUCUCCAAAUAACCUUCGACCCAUCCGUCGUCAGCUACAAACAACUUAUCGAAUUCUUCUACCGCAUGCACGAUCCCACUACUGCAAACCGCCAGGGUCCUGAUGUCGGAACCCAGUACCGUAGUGUCAUUUUCACGCACAGCGACGAGCAGGAUAAGAUCGCCAAGGAUAUCACCGAGAAAGUUGGCAAGCAGUGGUUCCCGGGAAAGCCGAUCACGACACAGAUCAUUCCUAUUGGGAAGUGGUGGGAUGCGGAGGAGUAUCAUCAGUUAUAUCUGAAUAAGAAUCCAUCGGGAUAUGAAUGUCCUUCUCACUUUGUGAGAAAUUUCCCGCCCCUUUCGGAAUGACUAUCUUCUAGCAAAAUAUAAGUAGGCAGUUACUGGUGAUAAUAUAUACACUGUCCAGACAUGAGAUGAAUAUGGACAUGAACCUGGAUUAAUAGAAGCUGUGUCUCACGAUGGUUUUUUUUUUUUUUUUUUCGCUUUAUAUAGUUUGUAUUAUCAAGAAAUACUAUGUGAACUACAUUCUUUCAUAU